GGGCAGCAUCUCCGCGAUUCCUAUUGGUCGGCGGGGGGCUGGGGGAGGUCAGGGGGCAAAGGUCGCGCGAGUUAUGCUGUGCCUGUCUCCUGCAGAUUUAAAAAGACCUAAAAUUUAUACAUGAUCUGUGACACCACAGACACCCCAGAAUGUCUUCUGAGAGAUCCAGUAGAUCUGUUUCAUUCUGGGCACAUUGUGAAAAUAUGUGCCCCUAUGGUCCGUUAUUCAAAGUUGGCUUUCCGAACUUUGGUCAGGAAAUACAAUUGUGAUUUGUGUUAUACACCAAUGAUAGUUGCUGCUGACUUUGUCAGAUCUGUUAAAGCUAGAGACAGUGAAUUCACAACAAACCAAGGUGAUCGCCCACUGAUUGUUCAAUUUGCUGCUAAAGAAGCACAGGUUUUAUCAGAUGCUGCCUGUAUCGUCUGUCCCUUUGCAGAUGGAAUAGAUUUAAACUGUGGUUGUCCUCAGAGGUGGGCAAUGGCAGAAGGUUAUGGUGCUUGUUUAAUAAAUAAACCAGAGCUAGUUCGAGAUAUGGUAAGACAAGUAAGAAAUCAAGUGGAGAAUCCCAGAUUUUCAGUAUCUAUUAAAAUAAGGAUCCAUGAUGAUCUAAAGAGAACUGUAGACCUCUGUCGAAAAGCAGAAGCAACUGGAGUUUCCUGGAUUACAGUUCAUGGAAGAAGUGUAGAAGAAAGACAUCAGCCAGUACACUAUGAUGCAAUCAAAAUAAUUAAACAAAACAUAUCUAUACCUAUUGUGGCUAAUGGAGAUAUUAAAUCAUUAAAAGAUGCAGAGAAUGUUCAUCAUAUGACAGGUGCAGAUGGUGUUAUGGUGGCAAGGGGGCUCUUAGCCAAUCCAGCCAUGUUUGCAGGAUUUGAUGAGACACCCCUGAAGUGUAUACAGGACUGGGUUGACAUUGCUCUUGAACAUGGGACUCCUUUUACAUGUUUUCAUCAUCACUUGAUGUACAUGAUGGAACGGAUAACUUCAAAACAAGAAAAAAAGGUUUUUAAUGUUUUAUCAAGCACCCCAGCAGUUUUGGAUUACCUUAGUGACCACUAUGGAGUGUAA